GCCCGCGGGGAACAAUAAAGAUUUGUUGUGGUUGUCAGGCUCAAGAUGGCGGCGGAGUUGCGGCCGCCGCUGAUUUUUGAUCCCGAAUCUGAGGGAGACAGCGCCGAAGGGGAGGAUAUCUUCACCGGCAGCACCAGUCCCUCAGAAAUGGAUUCCACAAAGAUUUCUGGCAAUAGCUCCAAGACAAAUGGUAUACACUCUGACGAAGAGCAAGAUAUUUUUGCAGAAGCCACUGUGGAGUUAUCUCUGGACAGUCCUCAAAACGACAAUCAAACUAAACCAUUGACUGCUGGUCUGACAGUAACAGUUCCAUCUGGAUCUGCUAUACAAUCCCAGACAAAAAUAUACCAAGAGUUUGAGGAAGAGGUGGAAGAGGAAGAGGAUCAGUUUGAUGUGAAUGUUACAGUUACUGAGCCAGAGAAAGUGGGUGAUGGGAUGGCUGCAUACAUGGCCUAUAAAGUGUCUACUUUGACCAGCUUAUCAAUAUUCAAGAGGAAGGACUUCAGUGUGAAACGAAGAUUUAGUGACUUUCUUGGAUUGUAUGAUAGACUGUCAGAAAAACAUUCUCAAAAUGGUUUCAUAGUUCCUCCUCCUCCUGAGAAGAGCUUAAUAGGUAUGACCAAAGUGAAAGUUGGGAAAGAAGAUUCUUCCUCCACUGAGUUCCUGGAACGGAGGCGGGCUGCAUUAGAACGAUAUCUACAGAGAAUCAUCAAGCACCCAACACUCUUGCAGGAUCCUGAUGUGAGAGAGUUCUUGGAAAAAGAUGAGUUGCCACGAGCAGUAAACACUCAGGCUUUAAGUGGUGCUAGUCUCCUUCGGAUGGUGAACAAGGCUGCUGAUGCAGUCAGCAAGAUGACCAUCAAGAUGAAUGAGUCUGACAUUUGGUUUGAAGAGAAGUUUCAGGAGAUUGAGAAUGAAGACCAACAAUUACGCAAGCUUCAUGCUGUUGUUGAAACACUAGUCAAUCAUAGAAAAGAGCUUGCAAUGAACACCGCCAUCUUUGCGAAGAGUGCCGCCAUGCUGGGGAGCUCCGAAGAUCAUACGGCAUUAUCUCGGGCACUCUCACAGCUUGCAGAGGUCGAGGAGAAGAUUGAGCAGCUUUACCAUGAGCAAGCCAACAACGACUUCUUCCUGUUUGCUGAGUUGUUGAGUGACUAUAUCCGUCUGAUUUCUGCAGUGCGGGGAGUCUUUGACCAACGGAUGAAAGCGUGGCAGCGUUGGCAAGAUGCUCAGACCACACUGCAAAAAAAGCGAGAGAAUGAAGCUCGGCUCAUUUGGGCCAAUAAACCUGACAAACUGCAACAAGCUAAAGAUGAGAUAUCGGAGUGGGAACCCAAAGUUCUACAAUGUGAGAGAGAUUUUGAGCGGAUCUCCGUAACCAUUCGGAAGGAAGUUGCUCGAUUUGAGAAAGAGCAAAUCAAGGACUUUAAAAGUCGAAUUAUUGUGUAUUUGGAAACACUGCAGAACUCUCAGCAACAACUCAUCAAAUACUGGGAAGCUUUCCUGCCAGAGGCAAAAGCCAUUGCAUAGUGGGAUUGAAAAUUGAGUGGACACUUGCUGCCUUUUAUAUUGUACCUCCAGCCUAAGUGAAUCUGCAAUUUCACCUGUGAAAGGGGACACUCCUUUAAUGGUUGCAGUUCUUCCUUGCUCCUGCUAUGAUAAAUCUUGAAUUGUCUUUAGUUUUCAUAUAUUUUCUUAUGAAUUGAUCAGUGGGGGAAAACCCCAUUGUGAUGGAAUUUGAUUCGUUUUUAUGCUCAUUGCAGAUAUGGGUUUGGGAGGGGGAGAGGAGGGAGGUGAGUGGAAAUAGUAUCAGAACUUGUUACCACAGCAUCUACCUCUCUCUCUCCUCAUGACAAACUCCUGCUACCUAACAAGUGCUACUUUUUUGACAUUUAAUUUUUUUUAAAAAAGAAAAUCUGUUUUUUCUUCGCCAACCUGAGUUCCACAGACCCGAGAGGACCGAUGAGAUUUUGGGGAAUCGAGUGGUGAGCGCACCAUGGUCAAGACUAGGCAGUACAGGCAGUGAUGGAACAUUAGACCAGCACCUUUCAGAACUCUGAGCUUUCAAAGCAAAGUACUAACAGUUGGCCUGGGAUCUCCAAGCUGCCAGUACUCGUGGCCAAAUCAUGAUUGCCAGUACAUGAAUAGGGAUCAAUGUUUAUGCAUGUCCUAGUUUUUUGAACCUGUAUCCAUGCUGUUUGUAUCUGUUUCCUGCUUGAAUGUUGCACUAGUACUGCAGGUACAUAGCUGCUGCACUAGGAUGUGGAACAAGAGGUGGAGAGGGUCUCUAAGAAAUAGAUUUGCAGGGCAAGUUCAUAUUGAAUACAGUUGAACAUAGGAAGGGUCAUGUGAAAUGUGAGCUGUGGCAUAGUUUGAUUAAGGAAUUCCACCUUGUAUGUGAACAUCCAAUGACUCAGCUAGUCCUGGUUAAAGGAAUUGUGACAGUUGUCUCUGGCUAAGAUGACUACCCAUGUAUUCCUUAUCAGAGUUGACUAACUAGCCCUGUGUUCCCUCUUAUUUUCCACCUUGCUGUGGUUUCCAAGACCAUAUUUUUAUACAAGUGUCAAGGCAGUAAAUUACAUGCCAUAACUGAAUGAAUGGCUCUAUCCAAACAUAAUCUGUGUACCGUGGCUUGAUUUAGCUGACCAACGCUAGUGUCUAUGCACAUGCUAGUAGUUUCACUUCACCUUUUCCUGUCUCAUGAACUGUUUGUGAAGUCUAAAUACAUGGCAUUUUUUUGGGGGCAGGGUGGAGUUUAAGGUUUGAGAUUUGAGCUUCCAUUUUGUCUUUUCCAAUGAGAUUGAUCUACACCACUGUUGUAAACCAUUUAUUAUAAACACUGGUGUAUUUGACUCUAACUGGUUUAUGAUACCACAACAAAACCCUUGACACUUCCCCCUCCAUUGUCAGAAUUUCCAUAGGUAACCACCCAGUUGUACGAGUGAGACACUUCCCUGAAUCUAACAAAGCCAAGUAUCCUUGUCUGCUUUCCUGAUUUGACAGCCAAAACUGGAAGGCAACAAAAACCUUCUGUUUACAUUCCUGUCACUAUGUUUAUCGCCUGCUCUCCUGUAUUACUGUAGUAUUUGAGAAUAUUACUGGUGUCCCUGCACACAAUUGAUCAUCUUUACUCAUUAUGCACCAAAUCAACUUUUUGAGCUUUCAGUUUAAUGUACUUUCAGAGGAACUGAGAAUUCCCUUUCACCAUUUCUUCUUGAGUAGAAAAAAAAUCAGUUCCUCGUCUAUUUCUGUGACCUCCACUUUCAAAUAAAGUUCGUAAAUGAUUUACCAAA